AUGGCCGCCAGCGAGGCUUCAGCCUCCAAUGUCUUUUCGCUGGACAACUUCAUGCGCCUUCCCAUCGAGGCUCAAGAUCUCAUCUUGUCGCAGCUGUCCGAGGCACCCUCCAAUAUUCUCAGCUGCUCGAAUGCCGACCCAAAUCUGGAGCAAAUCAUUCGAAACCAUCUAAAACAUUGGGAUGUGGUGGACUUUGAAAUGGUGAAUGGGCUUCGGAUUGCGGCAGCUAAACAACCUGGUUGCUCGCGCUCGUGCAAGUGGAGUCAUGGCUUUGAGAGCACUGAGGAACGAGAUAAAGCUGCUGCUGUCUUUCUCCAAAACUCUCGCGUCAAGAAGCUGAAAUAUGCUAGCCGCAGUCAUUUUUUCGACGGAUUCCACGCUGAUUACCUUGUCGAUCCAAAAGUCGACUCGGUCACGCAACUGCAAGAAUUCGCAGACAAGCUAAAAUGCACGGGCCUCAGUCUACACAACAUCGACGAUACCUUGGCUGAAAAGUCAGCCUUGCUCGAAUUCUUCAUCCAAAACCCGAAAAUCACAACUGCCAAUCUCUUCAUAAUCGGUGAAGAGCAUCUUCAGCUUUUGACCUCAAUGACGCAGCCGCGGAUGAAGCUGCAAAUCCGCGGCGAUCGGUAUCCGGAAGCUAUUUUUGACAAGCUCUUCACGAUCGCUAAUACCGUCAUUCAGCAAUGGCAAAACAACCAGCGGGAGAUUGAUGCGUGGAUGGUUUGCCUGGAGACGGGCGAUGUACUGUUGAAUGAUGAUCGGAAUCAAGCACUACAUAAAUUCGCACAAAAACUUGCUGACGGUCGGCCGGGUAACUUCGAGCAGGACAACAUCGACCCCCGAUUUCAGCUGAUCCGGCGAAAAGAAGGCUCCGGCUUGCUAAUUCUGACUGGAGGGUUGUCGAUGAUCCUGAUCUCCUGUGACUACCAGCUACGACGCUCCCGCGGACUUGGUCAAGGCACUCAGGUUCAGCUCUACCACUACGAGAUGCACCUGCCUAUGGAACGACUUUACGAGGCCGAGUCGAAAUUAUGGAAAUUUGAAAAGGCCAAGAAGAGCAGCCCAGAAAAUGAUGAAGCCGCUUCAAAGUCUGCGGGGGAAAGCCUUCGAGCAGAUCUCCAAAAAGCGCAGAAUAAAGUCGAAGAAUUAGUCCGGGACUACGUUAAUGCGUUUGGCAAGGUGCCAGAGCGAGAGCUGGCCAUCGAUAUGCUCUAUCUCACUGAAGAAUACGAAGAAUUUGACGAGGCGCCAAAUCUCAACAUUGGUCUGUUCGCCGAGCUCUUCGAUCGUGGAUUCGAGCCGGAAGGUUAUCCGAGUUACUACGAGGUCUCCUGGUGGCACCUAGGCAGUACGCGCGACUUCGCUAAUCAUUACAAAAAUCACGGAACAAUCCCAAAUUAUUAUUUU